AUGACGCUGCUGUCAUUUGCUCAGCAUGGGAUGUGGAGCAGAGUCCUGGAUGACCAGUGGGACAUGCAGGAGGCCAGCGUGGUGUGCCGGCAGCUGCAGUGCGGAAAGGCAGAGACAGCCUACACCUCCCUGAAGGCCCAGAGAGGGACGGGUCCUGUGGGGCUGCGAGGGGUCCGGUGCACAGGGCACGAGGCCAACUUGACUCUCUGCAACACCUCCCUGCCUGAGAGCGUGCUGGCAGCAGGGAUUGCAGAGGACGUGGGGGCCGUUUGCUGGGGGAGCCGACAGGUCCGGCUGGUGAAUGGGCCCGGGCGCUGUGCGGGGAGAGUGGAGAUCUACUACCAGGGCAGCUGGGGGACCAUCUGCGAUGACGGCUGGGACCUGCAUGACGCCGCUGUCGUUUGCCAGCAGCUGGGCUGCGGAGGGGCGGUGGAGGCGGUUGGCUCCGCUCGGUUUGGGGAAGGCUCCGGUCAGAUCUGGCUGGACAGCGUGAACUGCUCUGGGGCCGAAGCUGCUCUCUGGGACUGCCUGGCAGAGUCCUGGGGUCAGCACGACUGCUGGCACAAAGAGGACGCAGGAGUCGUCUGCUCAGAGUUCGUGGCCCUGAGGCUGGAGAACGAUGGCUGCUCUGGGCGCCUGCAGGUUUUCUACAACGGGACGUGGGGGAUUGUUUGCUCCAACUCAAUGACUCCCAAAACGGUGUCGCUGGCAUGCAAGUUGCUGGGCUGCGGGGACAGAGGGUCCCUGGAAACACGCCUGCCCUCUGGCAAGGUGUCUGGCCCUGCCUGGCUGGAUCGCGUGGAGUGUGGGGAGAGAAACAACUUUUUCUGGCAGUGUCCCUCCACUCCCUGGGACCCACAGUCGUGCGAUGACCUGCGAGAUGAGACCCACAUCACCUGCAAUGGUUCUGAGAGAGCUUGGGAGCCUUUUCCUGAGGCCGUGUACGAGGAGAUCGCUUACAGCCCAGCGGGGGAGAAGCAGGAGAGGUUCAGCGCUCAGGUGGGCUCCUAUUCAGAGGGGUCCCUGACCAAGCUGCAGCCGUACCCUGGGGACAGCAAGGAGGAGGAUGGUCCAGGGCCAGCACCAGACAUCCCUGUUCUGCCCGGAGGUGACCCAGUGGAUGGCUAUGAUGAUGCCAGGGAGGUUUCUGACCCUGGGGAGGAUCCCGUGUCUGGACAGGGAGACUGGGAAAUGCCCAGGGUGCCAGAGGAGGAGCAGGGCCCAGAGAUGCACCUGGAGGUGAGAGGGAAAGAGAGCGCUGCCGGUUCCUGGGGUGCCAUCCCUGGUGCCGGAUGA